AUGGCGGACGUUUCAGGAACGACACUACAACAAGGCGAAGAUAACACCGUUGAAAUAACACAAGACUGCACGUCGUCUUCAACUACCGAUACAAAAUUAUCUGAAGAACAAAAAUUUCAUUUGUUCAAAAAGUUGGAAGAGUUCCCAUGCCUGUGGGAUUCAAGCAAAGUCGCAUAUAAAAACAAAGCUCAAAGACAAAAGGCGGCAGCGGAAAUUUGUGAGCCGUUUAAUCUUCUUCCAGCAACUUUUAAACGCGUAACACACAGCUCCCGGACAGCAUUAGCAAGAGAGAUAAAAAAAGAACAAGAAAGCCAAAUAAAGUCACAAUGGAAAUUUAUGGACGUUUUGUCGUACAUGAAAGCCGAAAUUUUGCAGGCGGCAAAGGCGAAAGAAGAGAAAGAAUGGAAUGACGAGGAAAACGAGAUAAUUAUACAAUUUUUUAAAGAAAACGAAGCUAUGUGGAAUCAUAAUAUCCCUUCAUACAAGGAUAGAAACCUCAGGGAGUAUAACUAUCAAAACCUUAGCGAGAUGCUUCCCAGGUUAUUAAAAUUAUUGAUUUUUUGCUAAUAUUAAUUGUAGUCUUUGACUUUGUUGAGCCAUUUUAUUUUUCUGUUCGCCGCAAUUUAGUCAUGUUUUAAAAAUGCUUUAGUUCUCACUGGCUAUUCGAAUUCGUAUGCACAAAUGUUUACUGUAUAAAUAUGCGACUGCACAAGUGCAAAACGUUAGUUUACCUGCUAAAAUUAAAUCUUGCCAUGUACCCAAAUCUGAACAAUGUUUUCCUUAUAGCCUACUUGUUUUAUUGGCAUAAUGUAUUGCAAUAUUGGCUAUAUUUACCGUAUAAAUAGUAGAGGUCUUUAUGUUCAGUUCUACUCUAGAAUGCAUAUUUCAAUAGUCAAACAUUCGCAACUCACCUAAAUUAAAAUCAAUAUUUCAGUACAUUUUACCUUUUUGCCUCAACGUCCCUAGGUUUGCCACGAUUCAUGUUUUUAAUAUAAUUUUACAUUUUUCCAAUGUCUUUCGCUGGACUCGCCGAGAUUUACGAUGUAGAAAACCACUUGUUGACAUGUUGUAAUAGCCAAAUAAAAUGUUGUUUUUCACGGAUGAGACAUAAAGACGCCAACUGAGUGUUCCUUAGCCAAUGAACAUCGUGAAACCCAAAAUACAAUGUAACAAAAAGUUCCAAAUAAUAUUCCGAAGCUUGCAGCAAGGCCAAGGAACAAAUUUUUUUUGCAUAAAUAAUUAAAUAGUAACACUAACAGUGAAAAUGUCAUGUCACAUAUUCAUUGUUUUAUAAUUUUGUUGCCGUUUCAGUCGUAGUCAUGAUGAAAUAAAGAAGCAGUGGCAUGUACUGAAAGCAAUUUUUAGUCGCGAGUUGAAACGAGAGGAAGGAAGCAAGGUAUCUGGACGUGGAACAGACUCGGUUUACAACUUACAGUGGAAAUUGUUUAAUGAAAUGAUGUUCGUUAAAGGCAGUGACAAUGUUGAUCCCUCAAUUACUUCAAUGACAAUGACUGAUCCAUUCAGCGCAAUACAGCCAUCAAAAAGACUGAAAGCUGAAAAAGCAAGAGAGAUGGAAGAGAUGAAAAUAAGUUUCUACAGAGAAGCAAUAACCUGUUUGAAAGCACCAUUGCCAAGCCUAAGUGUUGAGCAUUGUUCAAAGGCAGCGAAUGACGAAAUAUCAUUAUAUGUAAAGUCAGUGGAGGGUACGCUAAGAAAAUUUUCUCCACGCCAACUUGUUUUCGCAAAGAAGAGAAUCAAUGACCUAUUGUUUGAAGUAGAGAUUGAGUCCCACCAGCCAACUACUCCAACCAGUGAUCUCAAUUGGUUUGAUCAUCAGUUCCCUAACUCCACCCACUAA